AUGUCUUCGUACAACCGUGACAAUCCGCCUCCCAACUACAUGCAUUUUUACCAGCAUAGAGAAAGUGAUAGCCUUAAUCAAUCUGCUGCUGUGUCUCUUCCUAGCAUCCAUUCUCUCCUCAAUACCUUUGCCCCAAACCAUGAUUCUACCAAUGAACGGCAGCACGAAGGAUAUAAUAAUCAUUCUUGGCCACACCAAUAUGAUAAAGAUGAUGAUUUUGAGCCUAUAGAACCUGCGAAUCUAGUAGCAUAUGGUACAAAUUUUACUAGAACUAAUGAUGUUUCCCAAACUCGACACCUGCCUUCAAUUUCAUCUUUUGACCGUUUUGGUCCUAUUGCAUCGAGCUACAGAAGUACAUCCUCAUCCGGAGUUCCUGGUCAGGGAUCAUAUCAUAUCACCAAAUCAGCAAGUUCGAAACCACCAGAAAGUUCGGAGUCUAUGCUGUCUGCAAAUAUGGAGCCCAAGUCUGCUUCGGCAUCUAAUCCAAAAUCCAAAUCAUCCACAAAACCAAAAUCUUCGCUGGCAGCAGAAAAAAUUCUUGCUUCAGGCCCAUCAGCUAAACCAAAAUCUGCACUGGCAUCUCAUACAUCCACUCCCCAAAACUCACUAGUACAGGCUCCAUCACAAACUUCAAAGAGCAAGGCACUACUUGCACUUGCUGAAGUUAUAUUUGAUCACCAGCCAUUUGGAGCAUCACGAGGGGAGACUGCUCAAGUUUGGAAAGAGUGCCUUAAGAAACUUCAUGCAGAUGGACACUUUUUAACCUUGAAUAGCCAGCCCAACACAACAUUGAAGAAAAAGGUGCUUGAGCUGAUAAAAUGGCACCAAGAUGGGGUUGUAGAUGAGGAAGACAAUGACCUGCAAAAAAUCUCGCAGUCAUCCAUUGAUUCCAUUGAACGUGAACUUACUGAAAAAGACAAAAUCAAACUCGGUGCUCUUCUUGACAAGAUAAUCUCUGACCGGAAUGAGGUGUUGAAUAAAUCAGAUGCAGAGCGAGCAAAAAAGAAGGAGAAAGAUAAAUAUGACAAAGAAGGAGGGGAGUUCAUUCGAGCACAAGCAAUGCAAGGCAUGAUGAAAAAGGAAAUAGAGCCAUUCCAUCAUUCACCUGAGCUGGAACCAUGCUCUUCUCAUAUCCCAAUUCAUAAUCAUUAUCCACAUCCGAAGUCUCAAUCACCUGUGCCCGGCCCCCCUACGAUGUCACCCACUUGUAAUUAUGAAUACCGGUCAUCUCCGCCAACUUUUGGUCCAUUUGACAGUGAUGAAGAUUCUUUCCUCACCAAAUUCAACCACACAUCCAAUGCCAAACUCAAUGUCUCUAGCCAGCCUCGUACUCCCAAGAGUAACUCUCAUAACCAUGAUGAAAUUGCUCAUGAUACUCCUAGUCCCAGUCAUAUUUCCAUCUCAUCAUCAUCAUCAAGUCCCAUAAAGCCUGUAAAAACUGAACUACAUGCUCCCUCCAUGUCAAAGAACUCGAAGAAGAAUAAACGGACACAUGAUGUCAGAUCGCCAGGACGCAGGCACAAACGGCCCCGAAUCUCAGAUGUAUCGGCUAAUCCAGUGUUGGCGGAAUUUGCGCAACAGUACAAAGAAAAUGCUGAGCGCCAGCGAAUCCGUGAUGAGAAAGAUGAACAGAUGCAGAAGGAGCUUGUCAAUACACUGAAGGAGAAUACAUCUGCUACUCUUGCAUUGGUACGAGAAUUUCUCCAGAGGAAGUAG